UCAAAGGUUUAGUUAGAUUAUGUUUUGUUUAAUUUAAAUUAUUAAUUAAAAUUAAAUAGUUCAGUUUAGUAAGGAAGUAGGGUACACUUGAAUGUUGUGUGAUAAAGUAUUUGAUUUAAAAUUAAUGAUUUAACAAAAAUAAAAAACGAAUAUGUCGUCAUUACCUAUUGUGUCUAUCACCAGAAGAGAAACUUUCAGCUCUUGCCAUCGAUUACAUAGCCCAUUUUUAAGUGAUGAAGAUAACAAAAAGUUGUAUGGUAAAUGCAAUAAUCCAAAUGGGCAUGGACAUAACUAUGUUGUGUUGGUAACGGUCAAAGGGCCAGUGGAUCCGCAAACAGGAAUGGUGAUGAAUGUACAUGACUUGAAACAAUUUAUGCAGAAAGCUAUAAUGGAACCACUUGAUCAUAAAAAUCUCGAUCAAGAUGUUCCUUAUUUUAAAGCUGUGGUUAGUACAACUGAAAACUUAGCAAUAUUCAUUUGGGAUCAAUUGCAAAAGGUAAUGGAUAAACCUCAGUUACUGCAUGAGGUGAAAAUUUUAGAAACCGAGAAGAAUCAUGUUGUAUAUCGCGGAGGGAACACUUACACAAGGAAGAAAUGCAAUACAUCUAAUCUGCAUACAAACCAUCAUGAUGUUUCCUCAGACUCGGACUGAUAAUGCAUUGUUAAUUCUUUUUUCAUCAUUUUCAAUGCCGUGGACUUAACCUGCAAAACAUACAUAAAAAUGGUUGUGGCA